AAAAUUUUAAAAAAUUCCAGAAUCGUUUUAAGGUGACAAGUUACUACAUCAGCUCAAAAAAACAGGGAGGGAGGAUAAAAGAAAAACAAGUUGAAGAGGGCCACUCAGUUGGUAGAUUCUUUGAAGCAAAGUCUCCAGAUUAAUGCAGACAUAACACAGAUCUGUCUUCAACCUCUCUCUGUGUUCUCAAACAGCAACAAUGGCAAAAUUGUAUCUUGUGGUCAUCCUUUCCUUCCUUCAUUCUGCUUCUACAGGUUCUGCUGCAACUAAUACUCAAAUCAAAGUUACUAAUAACCCUGCGGACAAGUUGGUCGCUGCGAUUAAUGAAAACAGAACUGCUUACAAGGUAUCAGAAUUAUAUGACAACGCGGGGCUUGCUUGUAUAGCUCUGCAAUACAUCAAGGCAUACCAGGGUGAUUGUGGUGCUGUGGGUGGACCAGAUGCCAAGAAGCCUCCUGAAUCUCAAUUUGCUGAAGUUUUUGCCCCAAACUGCGGUGUUAAGGCAUCAAGUCUUGCUCCUAUAACUGGUCGUUUCCUGGGGUGCCAGACUAAGUAUGUCCAUGCCCCCGAGGCAUUUUCCGAAGUCCUGAUACAAAACCAGAGGAGCUUAGAAAUACUCCACAGCAAGAAUCACACUCAGGUUGGUGCUGCUGUGACAGGUACUGAUGGGGGGUCUCCUUAUUUCUGGUGUGUGCUGUUUAGCGGCGGCAAACCUAACAGCACCUUUGCUUUUGAGGGCGGCGUGGCUAAACUAACGAAACCUGGUUGCUUUAGCGGAGCUAAUGAUGAGUGCAGUGGUGCUCAUGAUUGGUCACCCCUCAGUGUGAUGUGGUUAUUUGCUGCUUCAGUUCUAAUUGCAUUGGGGUUUGCUUUUCCUUUGUGAUCAUAAAUUAUAUGGAUUUCCACUUCAUUUAGGGGCCUUCAUUGCCAUUGUUGUUAUGACAGGUUUGGCCUCAGCUAUUCUUUAUUUUCCCCCAUUUUCUCUUCUUUUAGAUUUUAUUUGUUAAGAGAUUCAUGCCAGGUGUUUCUACAACUUGUUUACCUAAGAAUUUUAUGGUAUCGGCUCUUUUCAAAUCUCUUAUUGGAACUAAGUGCAUUUUGGAUCA